UCUUCUCCUCAUCCACCGACGUGUCAGUCCUCUUGUGUCCAGAGCUGAGCAGCACACAGGUCGGUCAGCCCGCAGACAUGGCUCCCAAAGGCAGCAACAAGCAGCAGUCGGAAGAAGACCUCUUGCUUCAGGACUUCAGCAGAAAUCUGUCCGCCAAGUCCACAGCGUUGUUUUACGGAAACGCGCUCAUCGUCUCUGCCAUCCCCAUCUGGCUGUUUUGGAGGAUCUGGCACAUGGACCUUGUUCAGUCUGCAGUCCUGUACGCUGUCAUGACACUAGUCAGCACUUACCUGGUUGCUUUUGCCUACAAAAAUGUCAAGUUUGUGCUCAAACACAAAGUUGCUCAGAAACGUGAGGAUGCCGUAUCCAAGGAGGUAACCAGGAAGUUGUCUGAAGCUGACAACCGCAAGAUGUCCCGCAAGGAGAAGGACGAGAGGAUCCUGUGGAAGAAGAAUGAGGUUGCUGACUACGAGGCCACCACCUUCUCAAUCUUCUACAACAACACUCUCUUCCUGGUCCUCGUCAUCAUCGCCUCCUUCUUCUUGCUCAAGAACUUCAACCCCACUGUCAACUACAUUCUGUCUAUCAGUGCCUCCUCAGGACUCAUCGCUCUGCUAUCCACAGGUUCCAAAUAGAGGAAGAAAAGGGAGGAAAAAGCUGAAGCGAUGAGGGUUGAUGGGGUGGGAUUGGGGAGGAAGUGGGAUAAAGAAUGGUAUACAGUAUAUUGUUUUUCUUUUAAGUUAGGAAUGGGGUUCACGAGGGGAUUAUCACAUUUCAACUUCAUGAAAUUCAUGAUCAAAUAUCUGGAGGGUGUUUCUCUAGGUGUCUUCUGUUUUUUGUAACAAAUAAAGCAACCUGGUUCACUUGU